CGAAGCGGUUUACUUGACCGAAAUCGAACCUCACAGAAGCUACAGCGCUAGUCUCCAAGAGACUGCCUUUUUUCAACAAGUAGAAGGAGAAUACGUAUUCUCGACCCCUCUCGAUCAGGACUGAGUCAUCACCGUUGUGGCAUACCACAUGGUGAGGAUGCGCAGGGCAGAACAAGACUCUCCAGGUAUCAAGUUGUCACAGUGAACCGAUAAUGCCGGGCCAGAACCGUGGGGACACUGCCGAGACAGCUCGACUAUGAAGCGCCCGAAGGUCAAAGGCUGUUACGAGUGCUCUCGCCGACGCAUUGACUGCGAUCGCGCCGAGCCAGAGUGUCGUAAAUGUCAGACGAAGGGAUUGAAAUGUAGCGGGCUAGGGAUAAGGUACCGAUUCAAUGGUGUCCAAGGGCCAAAAAGAAGAGCGGCUCCGAGUAUGGCGUCACGUGCAGAUCAAAGUGCUUGCAGGAUGCCCUUGCCCCAGGAGGUUCCAUGUUCCCAUAACUCGGGCACCAGGAUUCACGAACGCCGCCAUUCGGGAUCAGAAACCACUGCCCUUUACCCGUGUCAUCGGGCGGACUGGACGGGAGAAAACCAAUGCGAGGAAUGCCGCCCUGGGAUUUCGGAGGGUCGAUCCGAUCUCGCCUACGACAAGGACGUGAGUGACUUUGAAGAUGCGUCACAGCGGCUGGAUGGUCGCCCGCGCACGACUCCACUGUUCGAAACACUCGACCAUCUGGACGCUCCCACCCGGGAGUUGUUAUCAUACUUCUCGCUACACGUUGCGUCAAAGAUGGCUGUGAUUGAUCAGGGAUUCAACGGCUUCCGAGACUUGGUGCUCCCUCUUGCCGAGCAUGACCUCCUCGUACGCAGAGCAGUGCUGGUCGCAUCGAAUCAGCAUCUCUCGCUGCGUACCGGGGGGCUGAUCAAGCCGUGCAAGAGACUCUACAGCGAAGUUGUUCAAGGCCUGAUAGCACAGUCUCAUUUCAUCUCCAGGGCUGCAUCUCAGUUCGAGACCAGCCUGGUCGCAAUUCUGCUGUUGCUCACGACGGAGAUGAUCAUUGGCGGCGAGCAAUUUGGCGUCAUCUACGAGACGUUAAGGCGGCUGCUAUGCGCAGGUGCAGGCAGGUUCACUUUCGCCGAUACCGACUUGGGCAGAUUUCUCAAGAUUCAAACAUCGAGGUUUCAACUGUCCGCCGAGUCUCUGCUCAACGAGGUCGAGGGCGCCCUUUUCUUGUCCAGCCAGGCUGAAAAAUGUCUAGAGUUUCUUGACUUCUGUCUCAGCCUGCACCCUGAACACAAGGACGUCAUCAGCGAUCUGCAGAACAUGAUCCGGCAAGCGUGCCGUAUCUACGUGCACCGGGCCUUGGCGAAUCCGCCCGCCGAAUCCAUGGCCCACCUGGUCGAGCAAUUCAAGCGAACGGCAGAACGAAUCGAGCGGAAGGAGCUUGGACAACACGUCCUGACUUGGUCGUACUUCGUCGUCGCCGCGGAGAGCUCCAACGCCGAGCAUCGCAGAUACUUCGUCGAAAGGAUCAACGACCUUCAUCGCUUCACGGGGUUCCACAACACCAUCAGAGGACUACGACAGUUGGAGGGGAUCUGGAACAUGCAGUCAAGCACGCGGUGGACGGCACUUCUAGGCGGCCCAGCUCAGGUUCUCAUCAUGUGAAGACAAAUUUUUUUUAACAAAAAAAAAAUUAAAAUU